AUGGUAAUCUGCGUGAUUAUAGCUGUUUACGGAGGCUUCAUCACAGGCUGGUCUCUCAAGCAAAAAAGUUCGGCCCCCGAAGCAGACGCGCUCUCCGCAGGCGGCGCAGACCUCGCGGCCGAGGAGUCUCUCUCGGCGCCCAUCUUCCUCACUAUCGUCCAGAGAACCAAAGAGCCAAAAUACUACCGCGCAACGGAGUACGGGGAACCUAAAUACAACCCACCCGAAUUUUACCAUGAAACCGACCACCACCAUGAGCUAGAAUACUAUUCCUCCCUGCCGCCUCCUCCUCCGCACCCGAAACACGUCAAAAGCCAUUACUAUGAACCUCCUGCCUACCACCCUGCUCUCCACCACGAACCAAAACACACCGACUACUUACCUCCUCCUCCACCCCCACCCCCACCGCCACCGCCACCCGCUUACCACGAACCCAAAUACACGUCGGAAGCCCAUUACCAUGCGCCUGAUUACUACCACCAUGAAAUAAACCACUAUAAAACAAUCCCAACCAAAUACGAAUACCACCUAAACAUCCACGACCGGAAGGACGGCUAUCAUGAGCCCGUGUAUCACCCCCCACCCAAGUACCACCACCCUAGUCCUAUCCCCCACUCGGCCCACGUGGAGUCAAUUGAGGAAGUCAAGCACGAGUAUCGCAAGGGGUCCAGGUCGUUCGAGCACAGCACGACUUGUACAAAGACGCUCCACCGCACGGCUUUAUUACGGCCAAGUACGAGCCCGCCCACCCGCCGCCGCUAUACCACCACUACAGCGCCCCGCCGCCUCACCCAGCCCACAGCUGAAGAAGCGCAAACUUCCACAGUGCCUCCCAGUCCUAGGCUGCCGAUGACCUCGCUCUCCACCGCCGCUGUUGCAACUGCUUCCACCAUUACUAGCGCACUCACUACUACAACAGAAUUUUCCGAGGUUCUUGAUCUUCCAACCAGCAUGUCUACAGCCCAGGAACCCACUGUAACUACCACAGUUAUUACAGAAAUUUUAACCACUUUGCCUGUUUCAGCUGACACAACACAGACACCACUGAUCACACAAGAGACUCCUGUAACACUGUCGACACCUUCAAGCGUCACUUUUUCUCCAUCGUUAGCUGACAAUUCACUUCCCACUGAGGCUUUCCGUGCACCGGAACUAGAAAUUCAAGAGUUACCGAAUAGAGGUCCUAUCAAUUCUGUGCCAGAGUCCAAUAGCAGAGAGCCUUUAGACCCCAAGACUUUUCCCACAGCAACAAAACCCGCUCUUAGGUUACGAAGUCCGCCCACGAAAGCGGCUACUUCCUCCCCAGUACCAUUGCCCCCAACAACCUUUGACUCCAUCCUGACAACCAUAACUCCUGACGUGCGCUCCGAGGAAACCGGAGAUUUGCUGCCCGUGACUACAGACCCACCUUUGAGUUCUGAAAAUAAUUUCGCAGCCAACGCAAGGGCAACUUCAAAAGACGAACUACAGAAACUCAGAGUGACUGGUACGAGUCAAGUAAUGUGGCCAACGUCACUAAGGACAACGACAGAUAAAGGGGACAGGCUGAUUGUUACAAGAAAACCAAAAAGCGAAAAAAAUCUCUUAGAUUUAUUUUUUCCAAGUCAGACAUCCAAAUCUAAAAUUCCAUUGCCUUCUCCAGAUGAUAUAAACACAAAGGAUUUACGUAGAUUAGCAAAGUUUCUUUUAUCAGACGUUUCCAACAAAAUGGCUCUUGAGGUUCAUACGGUGGAUUUACAAAAGCGAAACGAAUCAAACAAAACAAAGACAAAACGACAACAGCAAUCUGACGUACGUAACCAACGUGAUGACGCAGCUGAAAACACGCAAGGCCAACCAAGGCAGCGGUUGCCCUCUGAUCCUGUGACAGAAGUAGGAUUUAAACCUAUUGUAUUUCCUACUGAGUCUAGUAAUGGUAACACACAGGAAUCCGACCCUCCUGCAUCCAUGUAUAAUUCAGCUCAGUCUUACCCAAUGUCUCCGGCCGGCAUGUAUGGCUCUCCUCAAUCCCGGGGCAGACUGUACAGACAGGUACACCGCGGCCGCGCACGGGGCUCGACGUCCCCGAGGUGGGUUCGCCACAGAACGCGGACGAGGAAGAGGAAUAUUCCUGGCGAUUUCCAGCUCUGACCCGCAUUCAGGGUUUCUUUUGCAGCUUUAUAUAAGCGUUCACUCAGGUUACGUCAGUUAGUAUAGUCAAGUUUCCAGUAUCGUAUAUCACAGGAUUGAAUUAUGUUUCACAAAGGUUACAGGAUAAUGUCUCUUGCUCCUUUCUUGAACUCUCAUUUCUCCUCUUACUUUUCUUCCUAAAGCAUCAAACGGUUACAGUUCGUCACAGCCGUGGUCGCUGUUGUAACAAGGACUUACUAGUCUAUAAAAGACUGAAAAUUAUUGUCUUUAUUUAAUUAUAAAAUAUGUAAUGGUAUAUUUUUAUAGAUAUAUAUUUUUUAAAAUAAAGGA